CAGCCCGGGUGCUGCCCUGUCCCCGCUCCUGCCUUUACGCAACGCACUUGCAUGAAACGCGCAGCCACCACCUUGCUGUUAUAUAGGCACCCCAUUCCCAGCCUGGACGGUGCUGAGCACUGGGGACAGCAGUGGAUUGGAUGGAGAGGACCCUGCCCUGGGGUCCUGCAGAAGCUGGGAAGCACCCGUGGUCUGCAGAGCAGGGAUGGCUGAGACCUCACCCAGCAAGGAAGGGGCCCCGGCCGAGUGCCCCGUCUGCUACGAGAAGUUCCACCCCCUGGAGCACACACAUCGCCAGCUCAGCUGCGGGCACGCCUUCUGCCAUGACUGCCUGGUGAAGUGCCUGCUCUCCUCCAAGCUGGACGGCCACAUCCAGAGCAGCAUCAUCUGCCCCGUCUGCCGCUACGUCACCUUCCUCAGCAAGAAGAAGGCGCUGUGGCCGUCCAGCCCACGGACUCUGGAAGUGCCCCUGUCACCAUCCUCCUUAUCUCAGCUGACCAAACUGGAGAGCAGCAACGCCCUGGUGGUGCCCAGCCACUUUGUGAUGCCGGUGCAGAGCUUGGAGCGGUGCAGCCCCACAGGCGCACAGGGAGAGCUGGCACGUGGAGCCCACAUCUUUGUCAUCAGCAGGUAUGGGAUGCCACUGGUGGACACGGACUGCUCCUCCCUGCAGAGAGAAAGCCAGGCGGAGACACGGAGCACCAUGUCCUCCAGCUCAGCCCUGGGGCUGCAGUGCUGCCAGUCGCCCAUCGCUCUGGCCGUGCUGCUUAUCCUCACUGUGGCCCUGCUGGCGGCCGUGCUCCCUUGGCUGCUGCUGGUCAAGAGGGACUCACCGUGAGGAAGGCAGCGACUGUGAUGAUGGAGGAUUGGCACUGAUGCUGGGGCUGGCACCUUCCUGGAGAAAGCCCAGAUGCAGCUCCAGGGGAAGUUUUCCCAUCUGGCCAGGUUCCUGAAGAUCUCUGGGUGCUCACAUGCUAAAGGUGUUGCCUCAUUUGUUUGAAAUGUGGCUGCCUGAGUCCUUUUAGAGGGUUCCUUCUGUGUUUUAGUGGUAUGGUGGGGCUGGAAGGACCCAACUCACAGCCCCCCCUCCCUCAGCCCUGCUCUCAGGCCCCCCAGAGAUGUCCAUGCUCCUGUUUUCACCAUGUCUCUCCUGCCCUGAGUACCAGGGACAGGCAGCGGGCAGGGAGUGAAGGCAUCAGGGCUGCAUCAGGGGUGGCUUUGGGAAUUCCAUCCUGUCCCCACACCAGGGGGAGGUGUGGGCAUCUGAGGGGUGUACACAAGAUUUGGGUCCCCCUCUGUGCCCAUUCCAAAAGAAGUCACAGUCGCAGUGACUGUGGUGCUUAGGAGUACACCUUGAGGACCUCAGUGCUUUCACAGAUCCCUGACACACAGAGCAGGAGCAGGAUGUCCCUUGCUGUCACUGGCAGGAGGGUGGCACAAAGCUCCUAAAGUGAGAAUCCCACUUGCUGAGCAUCAGGGGGCUGCAGUGCUCUGGGAUCACCCAGAACAUUUCAAGAGGACAAAUAAAAACU